AUGAUCAUUCCAAUCCGCUGCUUCACCUGCGGCAAACCCAUUGCCCACCUCUUCGAAACCUACGUCAACCUCAUCUCCACCGAAGUCCCCGACCCCGAAGCCAGCGCCAUAACGGGCGAACCCGAAACGAAGAUGAUGGAUGAUGGCGAUGCUAUGGAUAUCAUUGGCCUAACACGAUAUUGUUGUAGAAGAAUGAUGCUGACGCAUGUCGACUUGGUCCAGAAGUUUCUAGGGUAUAAGACAGCGGAUGCGCAUAAGAUCAUGGAGGAUAUAAAAAAAGAAAUGAGCACACAAGGGACUAAGUACUGA